AUGCCUACAGUUGUUAUCAAACCUGGUGCCAUUAUCUUUGUGACAGGCGUCAAUGGGCUCAUUGGAAGUCAUAUCGUCGACCAGCUGCUGAAGCGGGGAUACAACGUUCGUGGUGCGGUGAGAGAUGCCGAGAAGCACAAAUACUUAAUCGAGUACUUCAACGAUAAGUACAAAGAAGCAAAGUUCGAGCUUGUGGAUGUGCCGGACAUGACCGCUGAGGAUUGCUACGAUAAUGUCGUCAAUGAUAUCGAGGGCUUCAUCCACGUCGCGUCACCCAUUGGAGGCAUCUCAGAUGUCAAUGUUGCAAUCUCGAUCGCCUCUAGCGCAGGCUUAAAUGCUCUCAAGGCUUGCGCAAAGGUCCCUUCUUGCAAAGGCCUCGUCUUUACAUCAUCAUCCCUUGCUGCAACGUUUCCUCACCCCAACGUUGAGUUCUCGAUUGAUGAGAACACUUACAAUGAUGUAGCACUGAAGAUUCUGGAGAAAGGGCCAGGUAAACCGGGACUGUUUGUCUACGCGGCCAUGAAGACCGAGACUGAGAAGGCGAUGAUGAGGUGGAUAGAAGAGAACCAACCUAGCUUCGUACUCAACCGCGUUUUGCCAAACGCGAAUUUCGGCGCUGUCUUGAUUCCCGAGCACUAA